GGAUCUACUAACUCUUAGUCUCUUACUAAUUACCAAAUCAUCACCUCCACGCUUAAUGCUCUCUCUGAUCUCCAAAACCCUAAAGCCCUCUCCGUCUCUCUGCGCCAUAACUCGUUUGACUUUGACCUCUCACAUACUCAAACUCACUCCCAUCCGCCUCAUGUCAACUCAGCGACUCUUUCAGCUUAAACUCGACCCACUUUCCGGUAACUUCGAAUGGAUUGUCAUUGAUGAAGACGAGAAUAGUUUAGAGCCUUCACAAGAACCACUUCUUGCUACGACGUCGUAUCUUGACAUGCUCAAUGACUCUUACAGGAACAAAGCCUAUCGUUUGGCCAUUGACAAGACAGUGAUGAAACCGUGCCACGUGCUCGAUAUCGGUGCUGGAACUGGAUUGUUAUCAAUGAUGGCUGCGCGAGCAAUGGGUUCUAGUGACUUUACAGCAGUGCCUGAUGCAAAAGGAAUGGUAACAGCUUGUGAGUCUUACCUUCCGAUGGUAAAGCUGAUGCGAAAAGUUCUGCACCUCAACGGUAUGAAAAAGAAUAUUAAUGUUAUUAACAAGCGGUCUGAUGAACUCAAAGUCGGUGUUGACAUUGUUUCACAUGCUGAUGUUAUGGUGAGUGAGAUACUGGACUCUGAGUUGUUGGGUGAAGGGCUCAUACCUACUCUUCAACAUGCACAUGACACCCUGCUGGUAGAAAAUCCAUUAACUGUACCAUAUAAGGCCACUACUUAUGGGCAGCUGGUUGAAAGCACAUUCUUGUGGAAGCUGCAUGAUUUAUAUAACAAUGAAGCAAAAGCAUCGGACAGCAUUCAUCUUGUUCCAAGCAGAUCGGGAACUCCUAUAUGUGUCAAACAACAACAAUAUGCCAUGCAUUGUGAUGCAAUAACAAAAGAAAUCAAACUGCUGUCAGAACCCUUCAAGAUAUUUGAAAUUGACUUUUGGAAACGACCAGACAGUCAUGGGGAAACUGAGCUACCGAUAAAGGCAACCGAUGAUGGUAGAGUCCAUGCUGUAGUUUCAUGGUGGAUUCUUCAGCUUGAUCGUGAGGGAACAAUCUUUUAUUCCACUGCACCUAGAUGGAUAAGUUUGCCAAUUCACUCAAGUACUGGAGACUGGUGUGACCAUUGGAAACAGUGUGUCUGGUUUGUUCCAGGUAAAGGUAUGUCCAUAUGCAAUGGUGAAGAGGUUGUUUUGCAUGCUACUCAUACUGAAACUAGUAUAUCAUAUAAUCUCAAGUCCCUAGUCCUGGGAACUGAGGUGAGGCAGUGUGACGUAAAUGUUGAGGAUUUUCAUCUCAUACUACCUCCAGAAAGAAUUGCAAUCUAUGGUGAUGGUGAAUGGAGGCUUUCCAUGUUCACAGCAAUAAGAAAUGCUUUGCAGCGAAGAGUGCAGCCAUUAUGCUUCAUUGCCGAUGAUAGUGUUUUCUUAACAAUAUGUGUUGCACAUCUUUCUAAAACAGCUGAUGUGCUAUCAUUGUUUCCGGGCUUGCGAGACAAGGGUGCCCAAUAUUUGGAAGCUGUCUCUGAUGCAAAUGGUUUCUCAAUGGAUCGUAUGAAAGUUCUGCAAAAGAGGAAAACAUACUUGACAUUGGAUGAUACUCAUCAGAAGAAAGUGGACCUGCUAAUUGCAGAACCCUACUAUUAUGGAAAUGAUGGCAUGCUUCCAUGGCAGAACCUGCGUUUCUGGAAGGAGCGAACUAUGCUUGAUCCUGUCCUUUCCGAUGAUGUUUUGAUAAUGCCAUGCAAAGGAAUAUUGAAGGCUUGUGCCAUGUCUCUUCCGGAUCUGUGGAACAGUCGUCGCAGUGUAAGGAAGAUUGAAGGCCUUGACCAUUCAGUUGUCAAUACCACCUUAGGAGCAUGUGGUGAUUUACCAUCUUCAAAAGAGGGUCCUUGCCUGCCUUUCUUUAUCUGGCAGUGUGGAGAGAUUGGGAAACUCAGUGAAGUAUUUACAGUCAUGGAGUUUGAUUUCACAAAACAGAUAAGUCCAUGCCAUGGAAAAGCCCAGGUUGAAUUUAUGGAGAGUGGGAUAUGCCAUGGAUUUGCCCUAUGGAUUGAUUGGGUGAUUGAUGCAGAGAACAAAAUUGUGGUAUCUACUGGACCGGAUAAAAGAUAUUGGAAACAAGGAGUGAAGCUUCUGGCCUCGCCUGUAGCAGUUGGAAUUGGGGGAGUUGAAAGGACGGGUAUAUGUUGUUCUACAGUAGUUGAAGCUUCAUUCGAUCCAUCCAGUGGGGAGCUCAACAUCCAACACACUUUCUCUUAAUAUGUGCCUGUAUCUUUUAUAU